GGGAACGGCUAUGGCGGAGGCGGCGGAGGAGGUGAGGAGGCAUAUGCCGAUGCCGGUGCGGAUAUUCGUGGGAGGAUUGGGGGAGAGGGUGACGGAGGAGGGCCUGAGGAGGUUCUUAGGAGCAUCUUCGAGUCUAAGAACCUCGGGAGGGUAGAGGGAGUUGCCAUCGUACGGACCAAAGGCCGCAGCUUCGCCUGCUGCUACUUCGUCCCUUCCUCCUCCGCUUCCCUCUCUAAGCUCUUCAGCACGUACAAUGGGUGUGUUUGGAAGGGAGGACGGCUGAAACUCGAGAAGGCGAAAGGACACUUUCUUCUCCGCUUGGAACGCGAGUGGGAAGGAGAUGCUGCAAUGUCUAGUUUACUUAAUGAUGCUUCCGGUGCAGAUGAAGUCCCGGAGCAGCCACAAAAGCCCAAGAAGUCUUUUAAUCCCGAAAGUGAAAUUCGGAUAUUCUUCCCCAGAUUAAGUAAGGCAGGACUGAUUGCAGAAUUCACGGGUUAUGUUGUGCUUGUACUACUGGAAGAACAGGAAAAAUACAGCUUCCAGCGCGUCGAAGCUCUUCCGUACCGGAAGCAUUUCUGCAACUGUGAAGAGCAUUCGGGUCCAUCAUCCUUGCCCUCGAUAGAGCAACGAAUUCCUAAGGCUGAAGCGCUCGAUGGUGGGAUAGAUGCUAUGGAGUUUGAUCUGAUGAGGUCGGUCAUGAACAAGCUGUUCGAGAAGGAAAUGGGGUCAGAAACCAUGCGGGACGAAAAGAAACUUGCCAAGCAAGAAGUUAUGAAAGGCAUGGACAUUGAUGAACCUCAGCAGGAAGAUGCUGUGGAGGAAGACUCAGGGGAAGAUGAGGAUGGUCUUAUUAUCAACAUUGUUAGGAGUUCGAGAAGUACCAGACCUAAGAUGAAUAAGAUAGAAGACGAGAUAUCAAUACCAAAACAGAGAAACCAAAAGAUCAGUCUGAGACUGGAAGAGGAAAUACAGCGUGACCAAGAAGAAUCUGGUGAUCAUGAGGAUGAAGAAUCUGACGAGCGUAAUGAUGAAGAAUCUGAUGAGCAUGACGAUGAAGAAUCCACCGAGCAUGACGAUGAAGAAUCCGAUGAGCAUGACGAUGAAGAAUCUGAUGGGCGCGGUUCUUUGGACAGUGAGGAUCCUGAGUUUGAUAAACACUCUGAUGUGGAUGAUUCUGUGGACGGUGAGGAUCAUGAGUCAGACAAACGGAACGUCUGUGUGGAAGCUGACUUGAAGGAAUCAAAUACGGUCUUGGGAAGUAAUUCGGGAAGGGGCGCCGUGUGGCUUCAUAAAUCUUCAUGGACUCAACUUGUGGCUGAUAGUCAGAAUCAGUCAUUCAGUUUGUCGCGAAUUUUGUCAUCAGACAGGAAUGAAGAGACGCAGGACUACCGAGAUGAUACUGCUGUUACCAACAAGAAGCAGCAGGGAAACGAACCUUCAAAUGCCUUGGUCAAUGGGAAGGAGGAAGCCCCAAUCACAUCAUCCUUAGGAGAGGAGUCAAAGAAUCUAAUCUUGCAGAGUUCAAUGGAAUCUAAUCCUGGAACCAGCCACAAACGUGAGAAGAAGGGAGUUGCAACUUCUGAAAAGGUGCCUCUUUGCAUCGGUGAAGAAUGCCUCUUCAUGAAAAGCUUUGCCUCGUUGCGGGACAGGGCCAACAGUAAAGCAGCUCUUACUGGGUCUCGCAAGAGGAAGAAGAUGUAG